AUUGUUGUCAUUAGCUCUAGCCCGGUUAGCUAUUGUUAGCAUUACCAGUUGAUAACAACGCAUUAGGCCGUUUGUUGUGCUUGCAAACAGCGUAACAAGAUGUCCUCAGAGAGAAGGGGGACAUGCCUGUGUCAACGACUGAUUUAACUGACUCCAGAUCAGAAGAUGGAGGAAGAGAAGGACCCAACAGAGUCUGCAGAGUUUGCAGACCCCGACCUUGGGUCUGUGACGACUGCCCGGUCCAAAGAACAACCUCAGACCUCAGACGUGAAACCUGGACCCUCAGACCCAAAGUCAGCUGAUCAGCGGUUGGCUCUGCUUAAAGAAAAAAACACCAAAGUAGAAGAUCCAGAUUUCCUGAAAUGGGUUUCAGAUAUUGUGUCCAGCAAUCCAGGUGUCAGGGUGAAGACCGGAGGCCUGGAAGUCACUGAUUACAGUGAGGAGGAGUUGUAUGAGUGGGGGACUUUCUACCUUCCUGAUAUAGUAAAGAUGGAGGUUGUAGGAGUAGUGGAGGGGACGUCGCGCACGUAUGAUCAGCUGGUCCUGAUGACCUGUGAGGACAGAAAGGUGUAUGCCUUCGAUGGAGAGAAAGAGGAGCUGCACAUGGUGGCUGAGAGCCUGGAGGAGCUAGAUCAGGAGGGGCUGAAGUAUCCGUCACCAGAGAGCUACUACAAAGGAGAGGCCUUCAAACAUAUGACGGAGAAGGACUGGGACGAAGUGAGGAACAGCCCUGUGGGGAAGAAGCUGGACGAAGAGCAUCGUAAACUGGUGGAAGAAAACAAGUCUGAACUUCUGGAGUGUCUCCAAUCUAUCUAACGCCAAAAUCAAAGUUAAUUUACUCUCUUUGAUCUUCUCUGCUGUCUGAGCUGUUGUUUGACUAUUAGUUAGGAGGAAAUUAAAAAGGUGUGAGGUUCAGGUACCCUGUACAUUUAA